UUUCACUUGAGAAUUCAGAAGUUGUUACCUGGUCGCACCUGAAACUUAUCUUUCUUUUUUUUUUUGUCGGUCGUUCUCUUCAUUUGGUUUUGAUUUUGUUGUAACCGGGUUGGGUGUUUCGGGAAUGACUCAUCCUCGCAGUUAAUAUUGGAAUGCUGCUGUUGAGCUAUGUUGUGAUUAACAACAGGUGUCACGUAUGCUGUCAUCGAGAUCUUCCCUGAAUUUUUUUAAAGCACAUAUUUACAGAGAUUUAUUUGAUUGUUUAGAAUACUGAUAUUAAUAGCUUGAAUGUUGAAAUUAAUGAUAUAUUCAUGGAGGAGUUACUGGCUAAAAAAGAUGGAAUGGCUGAUAGAAGAGCGGAAUUAGAAAGAAAAAGACAAAAAUUAGCGCUUUUAAGGGAGGAGAAAGCCAGAAGAAAACGUGAAAAAGAAGCAUUAAGAAAUGAAGAAGCUGCACUUAUUAGUUUGAAGCGAGAAAAGGAUGUUUUGGUUGAAACUGAUAGGCUGUUAGCUUCAUUAAAUGUCACUACAUCAAUUGCAUCUCUUCCUAACACAUCAGAUUCGAGUCUAUCAGAUGCUUCUUUAAAUAAAUCUAUAGUUCAGCCUUCACCACCCAAACCAAAACCAAAAAAAGUUAAUUUAACUGUCGUAAAUGUUCACCAAACUACAGUUCCACCUACUGAGAAAAUAGUAUAUGAUAAACAAUCCCAGACAAUACAUUCCGGUGGAAGUGACAAAGAAGCUGCUUCAUUAGAUUAUUAUGAGUGGGAAGAUGAAUUUCAAGUUCUCACUUAUGAUGACUCAUCUAUAUCUGAAGAGGGAGAAAGUUUGUCACUUCCUUCUAUUGAUGGAAUUGUACAUCACUUCCCAAACCAGAAACAUCAUAAAUUAGUAGGUUUGCCUAAUGUUCACUUGGUCAAACCUGCUAAAACCUCAGCUGAUGAAGAUAAAGAAGCUGAAGAAAAACAAAAGGAGGAGGAAAAGAAAAAGACGGCAGAUCUGAGUGAUGAAGAAAAGUUACAGUUGAUGAGAACAGAAAACUUCAGAAACUUUAUUGACCGUUCUUCUCGUAUUAUUGAAAGAGCUCUCUAUCAAGAUGUGGACAUUUUCAUUGAUUACACUGGUGUUAAAGAAGAAUCAGAAAGUGAUGACCGGAGUGGUAUGUCAUUAACUCUAAAUCGCUGCUUUUCUGAUGAUCACUGGUCAAAAAAUCGGACAGUUACUGCAUUUGAUUGGUCUACUCAGUUUCCGGAACUUUUGUGUGCAUCUUAUAAUAGAAAUGAAGAAGCACCUCACCAGCCAGAUGGAAUCUGUUUGAUAUGGAACACAAGAUUCAAGAAAACCACUCCUGAAUAUGUGUUUCAUUGUCAGUCUCCUGUAACUACAGCUUGUUUUGCAAAAUACCAUCCAAAUCUAGUCAUUGGAGGAACAUACUCUGGUCAAAUUGUGUUGUGGGAUAAUCGUAGUAAUAAGAGAACUCCUGUACAGAGGAGUCCUCUUUCUGCCAUUGCUCAUACGCAUCCUGUUUAUUCCAUUUCCAUGGUUGGCUCUGAAAAUGCUCAUAAUCUUGUCACUAUAUCUACUGAUGGCAAAUGCUGUACAUGGAGUGUUGAUAUGUUGUCAGCACCUCAAGACACAAUAGAGUUAAAUCAACAAAAACAAUCACGAACUGUUGCAGUGACAUGUAUGGCUUUUCCAAAUGAUGAAUUUAACAACUUUGUUGUAGGCAGUGAAGAUGGAAUUGUUUAUUCAGCUUGCCGUCAUGAUAGUAAAAGUGGAAUUGUUGAGUCUUUUGAAAGCCACCAAGGACCAAUUACAGCCAUUAGUACUCACAGAAGCCGAGGACCUGUUGACUUUCCAGAUCUGUUUUUGACUUCAUCUUUUGAUUGGACUAUAAAGUUGUGGAGCUUAAGGAAAAGUCAACCUCUUUACUCCUUUGAGCACAAUUCUGAUUAUGUGUUUGAUGUUAGUUGGUCACCUAUUCAUCCUGCUGUAUUUGCUUGUGUAGAUGGAUUAGGAAAUUUAGAUAUCUGGAAUAUAAAUUGUGAUACUGAGUUGCCUACUGCAAGUACUCUAAUUGAUGGCUGCCCAGCUCUAAAUAGAGUGUCUUGGACACAUUCUGGGCAACAGCUAGCUGUUGGUGAUUCAGUAGGAAAGAUAUGGCUAUAUGAUGCUGGAGAGCAAUUAGCUAAUCCAAAAGCAGAUGAUUGGCCGAAACUUACAGAGACGUUAGAAGAAUUUCAAAGCAAUCAGUCGUACAUAAGCGGAGAUAUCAUGCUUUCUCCGCAACCUUCUCAAGUUUCUCCACAUCAGUCUCCUUAUUUAAAUGCAACGCCUGUCCGGUGAUUUUAUGUUUCUGUGAUAAACUGAGCUUUGUCUGUUCUUCCAUUUACUGCAGCAGCAUGUGUUGUGAUACUUUCUAGUAGCAACUGAAAUAAUUUAUUUAGAAGGAACUUAUUUGAUGGUUUUGGUGUUUAAAAAAAAUCUGUGAUGUUUGGUAAUAAUAAUCUCUUUAUCAAUCUGUGUAUUAUUGUUUGUUGCAUUGUUGUUAAUCUGACAGCUUUUGCUGAUAUUUGCAUUUAAAACGGCUGCCUGACUCAUUUUUUAGAGAAAAAAAAAACCAAGGCUUUUUCUUCUGGGAUAUUUGUUUUAUUUGCUCUGUUUAUUUAUUAUUUAAAUGUUUUUAUCUUGUUUCAAGGAUAAAUAAAUAUAUAGUACUAACAAAAUAUUUUUAGCUCUUUUGUUGUUUGAAAUGCUUUUAGAUUUUUUGGUACUUAUAAUACUCAUAUAAAAGCUAGAAAGUAAUUUAAAGAUGUAUGAAUUUAUGAAAUAAGUUUGCUGGUAGAAAAAGAACAAAUUCGAUUUCUUCGAAUCUAAAGCCAAAGAAAAUAAUACAGUGAAAAAAAUACCAAAGUAUGUAUAUGAGAAUCAGUUCAAGAAUUCUAUUCAUAAAACAAAUUUAAAUGUCAUUUUAUAAUUCAAAAAAUUUUCUAAAAUUUUCAUUGGGUCAUUAAAUAAUUUUUAAUUUAGAAAAUAAUAUUCAUUAUCUGUUUUGAUAUUGUGUUUAAUCUAAAGAGAAAAUGCAAGAAAAUCAUUAUUAUACUUAUGGCAUUGUUCAUAUUUAUUUCAUAUACAAAAGAACUGAUUCAAAAGUGUAAAAUUUAAAUUAAUGAAAAAAAAUUAGAUAAAGAUGAAGUGUUUCUUUUUAUUAAAUUUUUUUAUAAGAACAGAGGAAUACAAAUCUCAAUAUGAAGGGGAAAAUGAAACAAAUGUCUUAAUAGUUAUAAAAUAAGUGGAAAUAGCAUUUUUAAAAAUGUAUAAAGCAAAUGUAUAUCAUGCAUAAGUUGUAUGUAAGGAAAUAAAAUUCAGAGUGUAAAGCUCAAAAAAGUAAGUAAAAGUUCAGAGUGUAAAGCUCAAAUAUAUGGAAUUUAUUUAAAAUUGCACAUUUAGAAUUUUUUAUAUAUCAUAGAAAAUUGUUAUUUAUGUUUCUUCCCUGUUUUAUUUUAGAUCUAUUCUAUUUUUAAACAAAGUUGAAGUUAAAACAUGGCUGGCAAUCAUGUAAAAACUUCAGAUUUUAAAACUGGAUAAGUUCAAUAAAAAGCUUGCCAUGUAUUUGUGUUUUUCUUGAAAGGACUGAUAAACCACAUUUUAAGGUUAACAACUUCAAAUUAUAUCAUAAAAUGCUGUGAUCUACUUUAUUACUAAGAAAUAUUCCUAUUUAAACGAUGUGCCUAUUCAUAUAACAUUAGUUUAAAAUAUACUGUGACUUAGUUUCUCUUUCUUAAAUUAAUUAUAAAUAAAAAUCCCAUUUGGUUGUAUUUUGUAAUAUAAUGUUAAAUUUUAUUACAAGGGAACUUUGUUUUAUUUUUUUGACAAAGUUUACUUUUGUUUAUAGUUUUAAUUAUUAGUCUUAAUCAUUAUUGAAAGUGGAUGCGCAGCUUUAAAGAAAAAUUGCAGUUUAAACCUCAUUGUAACAUUUCUCCCAUGUUCCUUUUGUUAAAAAAUUUAUUUAAAUAUUGUAAGGUGUUAAAAUUCUAAAAGACUAUUAUUUGUGCACUUUUUUUUUUUUUUUUUUUCAUUCCUAAAAAUCAGAAAUGCUGCGUAAAUAAAAAUUUAUUCUUUUUCUAUUUAUAAAAGUAUAUCAGUUUUACAUCAAUUUCAUUUGUUGUUGCUUUCCCUUUCUAAUAGUUUAUUAUAUUGAAAUAUGUUUGUUUUUAUUUACAUGGAAUCUAAGUAUGAUCAAUGUAUUUUGAUUUUUUUAUCAAAUAUUUUAACUGGAAAUGCAUGCUUUAAUAUUAUUAUUUAAUUCAAGAUAGGAAAUGCAAUUUUUAAAACUUUUUUUUUUCAAUAGUAAAAUUUAAUGAUUAUCCAUAAUUUAAAAUUUGAUAUUUUAUUUAUAAACUUCUCAGUAGAAAAAUAUAAGAAAAGAGAGUAAACAAUGUAUUCUGUAUAUUUAUAG